AUGCUUGAAAUAACUACAUCAUAUCAUAUUAAAAAUUGCAAGAGCUUUAACGAGAUUGAAAUAUUAAUAGCCAAAUAGAUCUCAUUACAAAAGGGAAUGGAAACUUAAUUAUUACAAAUAACAACAUAAGCAUCAGAUUUAUUAAAUAGAUUAGGGAUACUAAUAAAUAAAAUUCUCAAUCGAACUAGUUUACAAAUUCUAUACAAUAGAGGUCAUACUCAAAUGAAAAUAUUCAAAUUAUUAAAAACAUCUAAGAUUAAAAAUCCAAAAUAAAAUUUGAUAAGUAAAUUCUUUAUUAUGAAUUUUAGGAAAACCCUAUCACAUUGUACACUUAAUGUAAGAAUUAAUAUAUAAUUAACAGUAGAAAUUUUUGA